AUGGCACCUCCGCGCCAGCGUACCACCGCCAUAGUGGAUGACUCCAGGUCCGAAGCUUCCAGUGGCACAAGAGAAUACAAAACCACAGCUCCAAAGAGCAGGAAGACAGCUGCUGCCAAAGAGAAAGCAUCAGUGACCAGUGCGCCAGUCACUCAAAGUGUCGAAGACCAACAACCAAGAGUCCCCUGGUCCGACCUCCCUCUCGACAUCCUCCAUGCCUACCGCCACGUCCACAAACUCCCCACUCCCUCCGCCUUCUCAAAUGAUUACUCCCGCAUGGUCCUCUCCCAAGGCGUCGGCCUCCGCUCCCCUACAGCCCUCGCCGCCCGCCGCGCAACCACAAACGCAAAGGCAUCCACAUUAAACCCCAACCAUACCCCAACCACCACCUCCACCCGCCACAACCAUCCGACAGCCGCAUCUUCACACGCCGGCACAGGAACACGGACCGACAGCGGAAGUGGGAGCGGAAGUGGCAGCGGAAGCGCCAGCGACCAAGAUGCGCCAUUGCGCCGGAUAAUCGGACAAGACCGCGUGAGCAAAGAUGCCUUUGCGCUUGUGGUGCGGAAGCACUUCAAUAAUGCGGGGCUGUCGGAGCAGGAAAGUAUUGCGCGGUUUUUGUAUACUGUGCGUGAGGAACGGCGGGGACGCCAGUUUCGAUUGCGGUUUCAGCCGUAA